AAUCCACGUUCGUUAUUCCUUCUACAUCUCCUGUGCUUCACAUAUAAAAUUCCUGGCUUCCUAAUUGAUCUCGUUUUGAAAUCACAUGCGGGGAAGUACGUCACCGACGAAAAAGGCCCCAGUUUCCUAAGGCCUCGCAUUCCCAGCUUCAAGUGCAACAUUUUGCAAAUGAGUCAAUUUUUCACAUUGCAUCGAUUGGGAGAGAAAAUGCCAAAGGUGUAGAAACUGAGCCAGAUACAACAAGAUGAAGUCAGCUCGGGUCCCCGAAAUAUUGAUACUUUUAACACUUUUGACGUGGAACAAGUGCGACAGUUUGGAAAUUACGGAUGUUUGGAAUUGGUUGGAACAAUCUCCCUUGGGACGAUUGCUGCCGGACAAAAACCGUGGAAUUCGUUUAUCCACGAUCAAGAUGGUCAAAUUCGAGGUUGAGUUGUGGAAAAAGACCUCAGACCUGGCCCAUCUCGUGGAUUCUGCAGAGGAUCUUGUACUUGAACAUGACAAGAUCCACAUAAACUAUAAAUUUGCCCGGCUUUCUAAGAACGUAAACGACCGAAUUGUCAAUGUACGAGACAACAACACGCCAUCCAUUCCGACACCAGAAUCAUGCGAUGUUUCUUGCGGUCAAUCCCUUUUCGGCACAGACUCGUGCAAUCCAGUUUCAGAAAGAAUCAUUGGGGGCAUCCAGGUCCCAGAUGCCGCCCGGCAACCUUGGCAGGUCUUUCUUCAUCUCUGUGGCGAGGGUUGUGACAAGGGAUGCUUUAUGUGUGGUGGGACCUUGUUAAAUCAUCGAUGGAUAUUGACAGCUAUGCAUUGCUUGCAAUCAUCUUGCAGCAAGGUUCGAACCAACAUUAAGGUUCGAUUCGGUUCUGAGAAAAUGCCAAACAAUUUGAAGGCCGCUGGCGAUGAAGAAAUCGACAAGAUCGUCUUGAACUCCGAUUACAUCCCAAAUUUGAUUGAGAACGACAUUGCCCUUAUUCGAUUAGCGCGUCCAGUAAAAUUUUCGGAUCAAAUCCAACCCGCGUGUUUGCCCCAAAACGCCAAAAACCUGUACGUGGGUCAAUGGGGAAUUAUUAGUGGUUGGGGCAGCACAAGUGGAUCCAAGAACAACGUGUCGCCUAUUUUAAAGGAGGGAAAGGUGCAAAUUUUAAGCUCUCGGGAUCGGAAAUGCCGCAAGGGAUCGGGUUUGCCUGCAAAUAAUCUAAUCCCAAGCACCAAAAUGUGCGCAUAUGCUUUGGGAGUUGAUGCUUGUCAGGGCGAUAGUGGGGGCCCACUUUUAAUCGAGGAGAACGGUCGUUGCGCUGUGGCCGGGAUCGUGUCAUACGGCAUAGAUUGUGCCAAAAAGAAUUUUGCUGGCGUGUACACCAGGGUCAAUCAAUUUCUACCCUUCAUCCGAGAGACCAUACAACCUGAAGGUUGCAAUGGAGCAUCCUCAAGCACUUCCAAACCCGGCUCAAAUGGAGCCAAUGGAGAGGUUUGCGAUCUGACGUGCUCCAAUGUGAAUGACUUGGAAGAGCCCGGGCUUUAUAAGAUUCAAGGUAUUUUGGCCCAUUGUGAUAAGGGUUUUUGCACUGCCACGGAGGAGACUGACUUGUGCGAGGCCCUGGACAAUCCUUGUAAAGGAAACUUGGCAUCCGACCCGAUCAAGGAUUGCCAUAAACCCUGCAAUCUGAGUUUCUACUUCAAGGAGUACUUGGAUAACGUUAAAUACGAGGAAUAUGUCACGUUAAACCUGUAUGGUCUGGACGUCACUUGUAACCAAUCAGGGGAUUGUUGUGCCGCAGACAACCCCCCCCAUGCCAAUCUGUGCCUUCGAGCCGCAUUAUGUUAUGCGGGUGGACAACUUUUAGGCCUCUCGUUUUGUGGCUAAGCGAUGAGGAUUCCCUGCUAUUCCACCACCUUUCCAAACUGAAUCGACUGUGAUAGUAAUGAACGUACCUACAUUUCUCUUUGAAUAACUUUAUUCUGAAUGGCAAUGACUUUGAUUGAAUUGGAGAACAAAAGGUCAAUGAAAUACACAAUAGGAAAAUUUCGUCCCAUCCC